AUGCAAUUACCAGAUCCCUAUUCCAGGCGCAUUGCAGAGAUCGGCGACGUUGGAUAUAUAAAUGAUAGCGGCACCUUCAUAUUUGUCUUCAAUCUUUUUCUCCCGAGCAACGAUCCAUUGAACCAGUUGUUUCCAAAUAAGCUGCCAGAGGACUACUUCCCACUAGAUCCUCCCACCGACAACGAGAUUCUGAAAAUACCUGAUUAUUUUGCGCCUGGAUCCGUUAUUGCAAGUAAUGGUGUCAAUGUCACUCGGGUUUCCGAGUCUCCCCUUCACCUCAAGUUCAAGUCUUCAGAGGCAGAAGCGGUCGCCGUUGUCCUGCCUGAUGGUGCCAGCAGAGAAGACUUCAAAGGAAUAUCUCGCUUACAGGAACACCUAAAUACACACGCUGAACGUUGGAUGCAAUAUUUGAACAACGGAAGACAUUCGUAUUCCGUUCCCAACGGUGGCCUUUAUGUUUGUGCCAGUAAGUCUGGCAUCGUAUCUUAUGAGGGGACAAGCUACGGGGGGGUUGAUCUUCAAGAACGUUGUUUAUUUAUUCGCGGGAUACGGAUUGCACUUUCCGACCUUGAGUGGAACGUGCAAAUCGACGAAAUAGAUUCCGACAAUACCCCCGUUUCGCAGUUGCCCUCAACUCCCCCUAUCUCAGACCUGGUGCUUCCCGCCAAGAUAGAUGACGAAGAGCCUCUUCAACUUGAGGCUGAGAUCAAUAACAAGGAGAUAAACCACGGUAUCGACAGUGACAGUGUGAAUAGCGACAUUACUCAAAACAACAAUGUCGAAGUCCGUAAUUAUCCAUUUCAUCCAUCGGAUCUUAUUCUUCAAUAUAUGUUUUCCAGGAAAAUGUGUAAUUUGGCUAAUAAGUACUCGGAAACAUUGUAUACUAAUGGUAUUGGAGUCUAUAUUAUUGCAAGUAAAGGAAGAGCAAUGCAAUUAGAAACAAAGGAAGUUGGUUGGGAGAAUACGAAAACGUACCAACGGGGUCAGCAAUCCGAGGUGCAACCAACGCCGUUCUAG